AUGAAUGUGGGCAUUCGGUUUGCCGUCUCAGCGGUGGUCAAUACCCGAGAGAUGAGGGCUUUUAUGUCGGAUUCAAAUUAUGCAUUAGGAAAGGGGCGACUCAUCUCAAUAAUGUUUAGUAUUUGCGCCUUGUUGAACCAAAAAUUAACCGUGUUGUUUGCGCCCAUCAACUAUGUCGGGCCCAUCAAUACAAGCAUAGGGUUGGGAGAAGUGCUCAGAGAUAGCGGCCAUCGGGUGGUCUUUGCGACCACUAAUGAAUGGUUACAGAGAUUGAAAAGUCUUAACUUUGAGAUCGAGUUAAUGACCGAAGAGAGCGAUAAAGUGACCGGCGAUUCUGCCGACGCUAACGUAGACGAGGCCAGUGACUUAUUGGAUAACAAAAGUCCAUUAGAAAAAGCGUUGAGAUGUAUGUCUCUUAUACUGAGAGACUAUCACAUGUCCGCCGAGAAAGACGAGCCGUCACUCAAGAGGAUUAUAAACGCUGUCAAACCCGAUGUCAUUAUCUCUGAUCACGUGUUAACUCUGCCAUCAAUUGCCGGUUCGGGUAUUCCCUGGAUAUUCAGUCACAGCAGUAAUCCGUUGUCAUUGGACUUUGGUUACGAAGAUAAGCGUUUACCGCCGUCUAUAUUAGGUUUGUCUAUAAAUAGUGACAAAAACUUAUGGGAAGAAUACAGACAACAGUUAAAGAAUGAGAGAAAAAAUGAUUGGUUUAAAUACAAGGAUUGGCUCAUCAGUAAUGGCUGUCCAGUAAUACCAGAAGAGUUGCAGUUUUGGGCGCCGUCUCCUUUUGCAAACAUCAUAUACAAAGGGUUUCUUGAGCUAAUGUGCCUACAGUCCGGAAACGGCUUCUGA